CAAGGACAAUCGCCUGCCCUAACCCCUGGCCACGCUGCCCCAUAAGGACUGUGCUACGAACAUGGGGUUUCCUGGGUGCCUCUUGCUCCCAGCUGGGCACCCCCUUGGCAGGAGCUCGGCUGCCUGCGCUGGAGCCGGGAACACAAGAAUCCCCAUCCUCCUGGCCUGGCUUUGGGCUUCCAUGACAGGAUUCCCCAUGACAGACGCUGGCAUCUCAGAAGCGGCUCCGCUCCGACUGGUGAACGGUUCGAGUCGCUGCGCUGGGAGAGUCGAGGUGCUUCACAACCAGGUGUGGGGAACCGUGUGUGAUGACAGUUGGGACAUAACUGAUGCUGGAGUCGUGUGCAGGCAGCUGGGCUGUGGAACGGCAUCAUCAGCCUCAGGAGGGGCUCGAUUUGGGCAAGGAUCAGACUCUAUCUGGCUGUAUGACGUCAACUGUGCAGGGACAGAAGCUGCUCUCUCCAAUUGCAGGGCUCCGCCUUGGGGAGAGAAUAACUGUAACCAUGGAGAAGAUGCCGGUGUUGUGUGCUCAGACUCAGGCAACUCAGAAGUGGCUCCGCUCCGACUGGUGAAUGGUUCGAGUCGCUGCGCUGGGAGAGUCGAGGUGCUUCAUAACCAGCAGUGGGGAACCGUGUGUGAUGACAGUUGGGACAAAACAGAUGCUGGAGUCGUGUGCAGGCAGUUGGGCUGUGGGACGGCGCUAUCAGCCCCAGGAGGGGCUCAAUUUGGGCAAGGAUCAGACCCUAUCUGGCUGGAUGACGUCAACUGUGCAGGGAAAGAAGCUGCCCUCUCCAAUUGCAGGGCUCAGCCUUGGGGAACCAAUGACUGUAACCACGGAGAAGAUGCCGGUGUUGUGUGCUCAGGCUCUGACAUCUCAGAAGUGGCUGAGCUCCGACUUGUGAACAGCAGGAGUCGCUGUGCUGGGAGGGUCGAGGUGUUUCACAACCAGCAGUGGGGAACCGUGUGUAAUGACAACUGGGACUUACAGGAUGCUGGAGUCGUGUGCAGGCAGCUGGGCUGUGGGACGGCGCUAUCAGCCCCAGGAGGGGCUCGAUUUGGGCAAGGAUCUGACCGUAUCUGGCUGGAUGAUGUCAACUGCACAGGGACAGAAGCUGCCCUCUCCGAUUGCUGGGCUCGGCCUUGGGGAGACAAUAACUGUACCCACAGAGAUGAUGCCAGUGUUGUGUGCUCAGGCUCUGACAUCUCAGAAGUGGCUGAGCUCCGACUGGUGAACAGCAGGAGUCGCUGUGCUGGGAGAGUCGAGGUGCUUCACAACCAGCAGUGGGGAACCGUGUGUAAUGACAACUGGGACUUACAGGAUGCUGGAGUCGUGUGCAGGCAGCUGGGCUGUGGGACGGCGUUAUCAGCCUCAGGAGGGGCUCGAUUUGGGCAAGGAUCUGACCGUAUCUGGCUGGAUGACAUCAACUGCACAGGGACAGAAGCUGCCCUCUCUGAUUGCUGGGCUCGGCCUUGGGGAGACAAUAACUGUACCCACAGAGAUGAUGCUAGUGUUGUGUGCUCAGACGCUGGCAUCUCAGAAGUGACUCAGCUCCGACUGGUGAAUGGCCCGAGUCGCUGCGCUGGGAGGGUCGAGGUGUUUCACAACCAGCAGUGGGGAACCGUGUGUGAUAACAGCUGGGAGGUACAGGAUGCCGGAGUCGUGUGCAGGCAGCUGGGCUGUGGGACAGCGUCAUCAGCCCCAGGAGGGGCUCGAUUUGGGCGAGGAUCAGACCGUAUCUGGCUGGAUGACGUCAACUGCACAGGGACAGAAGUUGCCCUCUCCGAUUGCAGGGCUCGGCCUUGGGGAGACAGUAACUGUACCCACGGAGAAGAUGCCGGUGUUGUGUGCUCAGCUGCCGACAUGGGAGUCUCCUCCUCCCCCUCAGAGGUGAGGCUGGUAGGUGGCCCCCACCGCUGUGCCGGGCGAGUGGAGGUGCGUCUGGACGGGCGCUGGGGCACCGUGUGUGACGAUGGCUGGAACAUGAAAGAUGUGGCUGUGGUGUGCAGGCAGCUGGGCUGUGGGCCGGCCAUGGAAGCGCUUAGUAAAGUGUUCGGCCCGGGCAAGGAGGCAGACCCUGUCCUGAUGAUAAACGUGCAGUGCCAGGGGACAGAGGCAGCGCUGGGGAGCUGCUCGUACGAGGAUCCAGGGGACCUCUGCCAGCAUGAUGAGGACGCGGGGGCCCGUUGCCAAGCUGCCGACAUGGGAGUCUCCUCCUCCCCCUCAGAGGUGAGGCUGGUAGGUGGCCCCCACCGCUGCGCCGGGCGGGUGGAGGUGCGUCUGGACGGGCGCUGGGGCACCGUGUGUGAUGACAGCUGGGACCUGGGCGAUGUGGCCGUGGUGUGCAGGCAGCUGGGCUGUGGGCCGGCCAUGGAAGCGCUGAGUAGUAAAGUGUUCGGCCCGGGCAAGGAGGCAGACCCUGUCCUGAUGACGAAUGUGCAGUGCCAGGGGACAGAGAUGGCGCUAGGGAGCUGCCCGUACGAGGAUCCAGGGGACGUCUGCCAGCAUGAUGAGGACGUGGGGGCCCGUUGCCAAGAGGUGAGGCUGGUAGGUGGCCCCCACCGCUGCGCCGGGCGAGUGGAGGUGCAUCUGGACGGGCGCUGGGGCACCGUGUGUGAUGACGGCUGGGACAUGAAAGAUGUGGCCGUGGUGUGCAGGCAGCUGGGCUGUGGGCCGGCCAUGGAAGCGCUGACUAGUAAAGUGUUCGGCCCGGGCCCCAAGUCAGACCCUGUCCUGAUGAUGAACGUGCAGUGCCAGGGGACAGAGGCGGAGCUGGGGAGCUGCCCAUACGAGGAUCCAGGGGACCUCUGCCAGCAUGAGGAGGACGCUGGGGCCCGUUGCCAAGCACCUGUCCGGCUGGUGGGCAACAACACGCGCUGCAGUGGGCAGGUGGAGAUUUACUAUGACGGCCGCUGGGGUGCCGUGUGUGGGUUGGGCUGGGACCUGACUGAUGCCAAGGUGCUCUGCCGGGAGCUGGGCUGCGGGAGCCCACGGUACGUCACCCACCACUGCAGCAAGUUGAGUCAGAGCUCAGCACCUGUCCUGCUGGGCGAGCUGGAGUGCACCGGGCGGGAGGCCUCACUGACCCAGUGCCGAGCCCAAGCCUGGGAGGGGAAGCACUGCCCCCACCACCGGGACACCGGAGUCAUGUGCCAAGAGCCCUUCGCACUGCGGCUGGUGAACGGCACAAGCAAGUGCUCCGGGCGGCUGGAGGUGCGGUAUGAUGGGCUGUGGGGCACCGUGUGUGACGACAACUGGUCGGAGAACAACACCCAAGUGGUCUGCCGAGAGCUGGGCUGUGGCCCAGCCGAGCCAUUGGCCCGAAAGCUGCAGGACCGGCCCCGCUUUGGCCAGGGUACGGGGGAAAUCUGGCUGGACGACAUCCGCUGCAAAGGCAACGAGACGACCUUGCAGAACUGUGCCCACCGCUUCUGGAGCUACCACGACUGCACCCACUGGGAGGACAUCAGCGUGGUCUGCCAGGACAACUGAGCCAGCCACAGCUCCUCCACGGCCUCCCAUUGAUUCUCCCCACCCCCGAGCUUUCAAUGCAUCCCCCCUGCUGCCAGGCCCUUCCUCUCUGCUGCCAGGCUCCCUGGCCCUGCCCGCCCAGCCCGGGGAUGGCUGUCGGCUGUGCAGGGGCAUGGCUUGGUGAGUGCCUGGGGGAUUCCCAUUUCAGGGAUGAACGCAGGUGCCCAGGGCAUUCCCCUCCCACUGGGCGCCACACUCUGUGGGCUGCAGCACAAAGCUGGCACGGCCUGGGGCUCGUGUCUCACUAGCAGUGGGGCAGCUCGCCCUGGCAGGCCCCGCUUGGAACACGCGUCUCCUGGGCCAUUGCUCCAACUGCGGCCAAGGGAGUCGUCCCUGAUAAACCCCGCCAUUGCUGGGGUGGAGCUGCACCCCCCCCCCAGGGGUUGGGAUACACGACUGUCUCCCCCAGAGACAUGGACAGGCAGGAGCCGGGAAGGGUAGAGCCCUGUGUGCCACACGCCAUCCCAAGCUGAGCAGAUGCAAAUAAAGAGCUGAAUCCACUGGA